AUGAGCCCGGCGAUUGCAACGCAGCCUAUCACUCCCCAAACGAUAUCCCAUGGGCAACUACUCACCCCGCCCAUGUCCCACGCGAUGCCUCCGGUGAAGCUACGGCUGCGCGCAAGAAAAACCUCCGAGUCAUACGGAUCUAGGAAUGCCGAUCAGCCUUCCCAGCGCAAGCGCAUCAUCAAGCGGCCACCUCCGUUAAAGGGGCUCAAUAGGCGCCACCGCGCACUGGACGACAAACGUGGACGAGAAGAAAGCAAUGAACAAGACUCAGAUCAAUACCAAGAUCACGACGGGAACCAGCACAACAAUCAGCUGCAACAAGCCCAACAGCAGCCGCAGCGGCAAACGCAACAACGACAACGAGUAACGACGCCUUCUGUACCACCCCAGUUGCUCCCACCAUUUGGCAGCCGACCACAAACCCCCCCACGGUCGCGCAUAGCUCCAGAAAUUAUCCCUCUCGGGCUCGACCAUUCGGACUAUCACGCGCUCCACGCCGACCAUGCGAACGAGAGCCAACAACAAGCCACCGCGCCAGGAACCGACGUAAUUGUAGAAGAUGGAGAGCCGUGGAGCUCCGAGGAGGAUUGUAUUCUUGUUGAGCUAGUGCUGGACAAGCUCAAGCUUACAAAAUCCGAUUGGCAAGAUUGCGCGCGCAGCAUGGGCAAAGACCGCAAGAGCGUGGGAACGCGAUGGAAAAGCUUGAUGGUCAGUGGAGACGUGGGCCUCAAAUCCAACAGCAGUCGACGGAGUGGGAUUCACGGAACCUGGCGUUGA